CCGGUCUCUCUUGCUCACUGUGACAGCAAAGUGCCUCACUGGAAAGAAGUGAGCUGGGACUUAAGUGGCCUCUGAUCUUUCUCACUCUUUUUUCCCCACAAUUCCUCUCUUUCUGUGUUUGCAUUUUCCACGGAAGAGGCAUUUUCACGGACAAUUCUGGGACAGAUCUUUCUGAGGAGGCAAGUGCUUGGCUGUAAUAUUUCAUUGCAGUCAUGGCCCCUAAGAAGAAGAAUGUGAAAAAGAACAAAGCAGAUAUCAACGAAACAACUAUCAUUGUGGAAGAUGGCCCCCUCAGUAAACUAAAUGGCUUGAAUGGACUCUUGGAAGGAGGAAAUGGUUUCAGCUGCAUCUCAUCUGAGGUUUCCGACCCAUCAUACUGUCCAAACCUCUUGGAAGGUCUAAGCAAAAUGAGACAAGAAAAUUUCCUUUGUGACUUGACUAUCAGCACCAAAACCAAAUCAUUCAGUGUUCAUAAGGUAGUGAUGGCUUCAAGCAGUGAAUACUUUCACAACAUCUUAAAGAAAGAUCCAUCCACUCAAAGAGUGGACCUCAAUGAUGUGUCCCCAGUGGGUCUAGCUACUGUUAUCACCUAUGCUUACACUGGAAAACUUACUCUCUCACUUUACACAAUAGGUAGUAUUAUUUCCACAGCAAUUUAUCUACAGAUUCACACCCUUACAAAGAUGUGCUGUGAUUUUCUAGUGCAAGAAAUCAGUGUUGAGAACUGUAUGUAUAUUGCCAAUAUUGCAGAAACAUACGGACUAAAAACAACCAAGGAAGCAGCGCACAAAUUUAUUAAAGACAACUUCAUUGAAUUUUCAGAAACUGAUCAGUUCCUAAAACUUACUUUUGAUCAGAUUAAUGAACUUCUUGCAGAUGAUGACUUACAGUUGCCUUCUGAAAUUGUUGCAUUCCAGAUUGCAAUAAAAUGGCUGGAAUUUGACCAAAAAAGAGUAAAGUUUGCUGCCAGCCUCUUAAGUAACAUCCGUUUUGGUACCAUCUCAGCCCAAGACCUUGUCAAUUAUGUUCAAACUGUGCCAAGAAUGAUGCAAGAUGCAGACUGCCAUAAGCUCCUAGUGGAUGCCAUGAACUAUCACUUGCUUCCCUAUCACCAGAAUACACUUCAGUCCAGAAGAACAAGGAUCCGUGGAGGUUUCAGAGUCUUAGUUACUGUUGGGGGACGCCCUGCUUUAACAGAAAAGUCUCUUAGCAGAGACAUCUUAUACAGAGAUCCUGAAAACGGAUGGAAGAAGUUGAGUGAAAUGCCUGCUAAAAGUUUUAAUCAGUGUGUCACAGUGAUGGAUGGAUUCCUCUAUGUGGCUGGUGGGGAAGAUCAGAAUGAUGCCAGGAACCAAGCCAAGCAUGCAGUCAGCAAUUUCUGCAGAUAUGACCCUCGUUUCAAUAGCUGGAUUCACUUGGCGAGCAUGAAUCAGCGGCGCACCCACUUCAGCCUGAACGUGUUCAAUGGCCUCCUCUUCGCAGUGGGAGGCCGCAACUCCGAGGGCUGCCUCUCCUCUGUCGAGUGCUACGUGCCUGCAACUAAUCAGUGGCAGAUGAAGGCCCCGCUGGAGGUGCCCCGGUGCUGCCAUGCCAGUGCGGUGGUGGAUGGCCAGAUCCUGGUCACGGGAGGUUACAUCAAUAACGCUUACUCUCGCUCGGUGUGCAUGUACGACCCCAGCAAAGAUAGCUGGCAGGACAAGGCCAGCCUCAGCACCCCGAGGGGCUGGCACUGCGCAGUGUCCCUUCUGGAGAGGGUCUACGUCAUGGGUGGGUCUCAGCUGGGGGGGCGAGCAGAAAGGGUCGAUGUUCUCCCUGUGGAGCGUUACAGCCCGUACACGGGCCAGUGGAAUUACGUGGCGCCACUUCAAACCGGAGUUAGCACGGCUGGCGCCUCCACCCUCAACGGGAAAAUUUACUUAGUGGGUGGCUGGAAUGAAAUAGAGAAAAAGUACAAGAAAUGCAUUCAGUGCUAUAACCCAGAUCUCAAUGAAUGGACAGAGGAAGAUGAGCUGCCUGAGGCCACUGUGGGCGUAUCUUGUUGUACUAUAUCCAUGCCCAACACCAAGACGAGGGAGUCCAGGGCCAGCUCAGUCUCUUCCGUCCCAGUCAGUAUCUAAAGAGAGGUUUAACCAACACUAAGUAAAAAUGUUUACCAGCACGGCAAUAUAAUUAACCCUUUAAGUAGAAUUUUUUGUGCUUAUAUAGAAAAAAAAUCAUUGGCUUUGCAAAUGUGCUUUAUAACAGUGCAAACUGGCCAGUUUUCAUGAACUUUAGUACAGGUGGCAUGAAACAGCACAUUAGGGAUAAGAUCAAUUUUCUUAGCAGGAAAAGAGAGUUAACCCAUAACCAGAGAAUUUCAUUCUCUUCCUGACUUUGCCACUGACUUACUAUACUGUCUAUGGCAAAUCAUUUAAUUUCUUUAUGCCAUGGUUUCCUUACCUGUAAAAUUGAGGUAAACUUGCUUCAGAAGAUUGUUAUGAGGCUUUUUAAUACUAAUUUUUAAACACUUUCAGAAUCCAAAAUGAAAGUCAAAUAUGACUAGUAAUAAAUCUCAGUAUAUAUCAGAAAUGUGCCAUGUCAUCAUAGCAUUGAUCAGCUUUGUUUUUUUCUAAGCAUUUUCUAUUUUCACAAACAGAAGGGAAAAAAAGGCAAACCAAAAAUACCACACAUAGCAUGUGCAUACCUUUCUUUUUGGCGCAGUGGUAUUCACACAAACUUCUCAAAGCAUUUUCUCCUUCAGAAGGUAGAAAGAGUUCCUCAUCUUCUGCCAUGAAACCCUUUAAUUCCUGUAUCAAAUGCUGUGACAUGGCUUUCAAGAUCUGAAUCCACAAAAUACUUUAGCUCCCAUAAGCACUAUGGGCCAGCCCCAAGAGACCACUUUGGGUGCCAGAUGGCUCUCCUGACCUCUGUGUACACCAGGCAGCAUCACCUCAUCCUCCUCCUCAUGCCAGGGAGACACCUCUCUCAUUCCAGGUGGAAAAACCUGGAAGCUGAGUUCAUGCCAGGAGACACCAAGGGCUAAUGGCAUCUGAACAUGGGGAAGAUGCACAGAGCAAACUCCCUUAUAUUACUACAGCAAAUAACCAGUGGAAUGAGGGACAAAGAUGGAAUAAAGACUUGAGGAUCAGCCCUUUAGAAUUUGUGUGGAAAACAAGAAAUCCAGGGAAAACUCCCUUAGUAGAAAUAAAGAGAUACCUUAACACCUUUCUUGCUAAAUGUAGGCACAACACCCAAAGUAACCUUCUCCUGGGCAUACCAUAAUGCAUCUCCUUCUGAGGCCUUCAUUAGAGCCCUGUUUAUGGUCAUUUCAUUCAUAUUAUUCCAAAGGCUAGACUAACGCUCUUUGUGUUGAAGUUUUCCCUGGAGUCUUCACUCAACUUAGUUUGCCUCCAAGAACUUUCUUCCUGAUUUCAGCAUGAGGUGAGGGAAUUAAGCAUGAAACCUAAUCCUAUUCCCAUAGCCAAAGAGAUAUGCAGCCCAUCGUGUCCUGUGAAGAUUUGAUAUCAAAGGACUGCUGUCAGCACAAAAUGUCUACAUCAGCAUGAAAUGUCUACAUCCUUCUUUUGGGGAGGAAAGAGGGAAUACAAGGAAUUAAAAUGAUUUAUUGUAACCAGAAGGGCACUCACCUUAACCUACUCACGGAGGCUUCACAUUCAGUUUCCUCAGAUUAUCAUUGACACCUCCAGGCUUCAGUGCCAAUGAGAAGCCAUGCUCUUAGCAACGCUUAUAAGGCAGACAAAUUUUUAUCUCAUUUGUAAAAAGGGAACACUAUAAAAUUGUCUGUCAGUGCAGAUGUUGUAGAGACAAGCAUUUUCAGAACCCAAGCUCUUUGUAGCUUUGUUAAAGCUGCCUAUUGAGGAUCAGCAUGAGCGUGACAUGGUAUUAGAGAUGAAGUCAUUCACUCUGUCGGUUGGGAUUUAUCUCCAUGGUACUCGGUCCAGUUUUCCACUUCUAAUUUCAUUUUUGCAUCCUGACUACACAAUCUUAAGUUUCAUAUUAUAUUUUUGAGUGCUGCAUAUUAUUAGAAUAUACUGCCAGCAAUGACUUGUGGUCAGAGUGGCACUGUCAUAUAAUUUUGACUCAUUUAAUUGGCAUGUAGUUGUUCUCUACUCUAUGUAAUUCAAAUAAUAGCAAAUGUGGAACAGUGUAACAGAGUACUCUUACUUUAAGUAUGAAAAUUCUGUUCUUGCCCAUUCCAGACACCAAAAGCUUUUACUGAAAGAGAGAAAAUAUUUCUCUUUUCCCAAGUCAUAACCACAUGUUCCAUAUGAAUGCAUUUAGGAAGUUCUUUAGAAAUAACCAUCUAUUCCAAUAUUUUUUGUCAUUUUUUUAAUCCAUCCAGUCCAAUGAAGACACCUGUAUGAAUUCAAUUAUAACUGUAUUCAUGGUGUAGUUACUUUGUAUUUAUAACAUAUCCAUGAGGUUGUAUUUAUGAAUUUAAAAAACAACUAUUAUGGAUUCAAACAGAUAUUGGAUGGAAUUGCCAUAUGCAAGUGUCUCUUUUUCCCUUUAAGAAUUCAGUUCCAAAAUGCCAUGAAUAGUCAGACAUGGCUGCAUGCUUUCCUGUUUAUGAGCUAGCACUUCAUGUACAUCAACAACCAUCUUGUUUUUGAGUAGUAAAUUAUUUAUGAAUGAUGGGCUAAGUGCAAUGAAACUUCUCUCUUACUACUUAAAGGGUUAAAAAUUUUGGGGGCCAAAUCCUUUUCAUCUUACUCACAAAAAAGGUUCCAUUGACUUCAGUGGACUGCUGAAUAAGAUGUACAGGAUUUUGAACUCUUGGCCAAAUUCUGGCAGAACAGUAGAUGAAAGUGUCAUACCCAGAAGGAAGACUGCCGCUCUGCCUCCAGUGCCCUUGGCCAUGACAGAUCCCUGAAGACAUGUCUUAGGACAGGAGCCAAAUACCACUGGCCAUGUGUUCCUUCUGUAGCACAAAUUAGGUACAUACUUCAGGCCAAAUAUCUUAGGUAGAUUAACAAACUGUGUUGUUACCAAUAUAACACUACAGGUUGGCUUUACAUUAUUUUCUCUAAACAUCUGUUUAGGCUUCAACUGCACAUUGAGCCAGGAUUUGGCCCUUAAUAUGUGACACUAUUAGCUGGACUUAAUAUUGUGUUGAAUCAUGCUAUGUACUGAGCUAUUUGUGACAUUUUAUGUAUGACCUUCUUUUGUUAGAACUGUGAAAAUUACUUGUAUAUUCUGUUUUAUGGGAUGGUGUUCUUUCAUUGUCUGGUACCAUAUAUUCGAUCUCUACAUGUUUAAUAAUGACAUCUCAAUUGAACUUGAAAUAGUGCGUACACCAAAAAGAAGUUAUAAAGUGCAAGGAAGUACCUUAUGUGGUAAUAUUAAGUAGAGCAGAGGACUUCCAACUGUAUGAAAUGCAGACAGUUAAAGCACUACAGGGAUCUUCUUUAAUGCUAUAUUAGUAGUAAGAAAAGAAAACCCAAAUGAAACAAAUUAAUGUAAGCUGUUAUCCUCAAAAUUCUGUAUAAAACGCCCAUGCAUUUUAUACUUCAAAUAGCUGUGCUUCAAAUUCAGAUCUGAAAAAGAGCCUUUCUUCAGUCUGUGAGAGAAGCAGUUUGCAAGGGUUUGUUUUCUUGUUUAUUCCUGACUGUUUAGUUGUAUGGGAGAGUGUGUUAGAGAUUGUGAGGGAGGAACUUACUGUUGGAAAGUUGUGUCUGAAAGGAAGAUGUUGUGUUUAGUUCUUAAUCAAGGUGAGAUCACAAUCAUUUAAUCUCUUCUUGAAGUUAACCUGCAAGAUAGCCUGUGGAUCAGUCAAGAGUCCAGUAAACUUGAAUCCUUCAAAGAGGGAAGCAGGCAAAAUUAGCAUCAACCAAGCUCAAAGAGGUAUUAAAAAGUGCUUUGUGUUGAGAAUUUUAAAUGGCAGUUCUUGCAGGAAAAAAGGAUGCAAUGAAUGAAAUGACUGAGUAAGAACAUUUAUAUUAUCCUGAAACCUAGAGUAGUUUAUCUCACAGCUCUAACUCUUACUAAAUCAUACUGGGUUUAGGAGCAGUUUUUCCUUAGCAGCUGGGCUUGGUAAUUCUAGUUGCAAACCCAGCAGUCACACAAAUAGUUGUAUCAGCAUGCAUACCUUCUUGCAUUCAGUGGGACCUCUGCUAAAGAAGUUACUCUCGAGGAUUUAUAUUUGGAAAAAUAAAAGAACUAAAUCCAUGAGCAGGCAAACAUCAAUGUCUAAUUAAAGCCAACAUGAGGAUGUUAGAUUGAUCCUCAACAUCACCAUUCACUUACCGUACCAGCACAUGCCAUUUUUUGAGACUCAAUCACCCUGUAAGGAUAAUAUUUCCUUGGAAUGGCUGCUCAAUGAAAAUCCUACAUAUACUCCAAAUGUUUUUGUGUGCAACACACAGGAUGAGAGGUGCUCAGUCCAUGGAAAAUCCAAAAGGGAGCCACUUAGAGCCAUAAGGAAACUAAGAUUUUGUUCCCAGUCCUCAAGGAUGUGAACAGUACAUAAAAGCUCAACUGUGAAUCUAUAAAAAUCUCAUUGCUGGUGGCCACAAUAAAGAAAAGGAAACAUUCUGAAAUGCCUGCUGGAUAAAAAAAGGUGAAAUAUCACAGAAUAUUCUGAGUUGGAAGGGACCCAUAAGGAUCACAGAGUCCAACUUUUGAGUGAAUGGCCUGUAUGGGGAUCAAACCCACAACCUUGUCAAGAAAUGAGUGGCUGGUGCUUGUUUGCAAGUGUAACCUUGCACAGAGCUCUGUUCCCAGAAGUUCCCUGAAGAAUAAAGGAAAAUGCAUGCAAUUCUACGCAGCUGGUGUGAGAGAUUUGGUCAAUACCAGAUAAGUUUUGCCAUGCAAAAGACAUACUUGUCUCAAUUAAAAUUUUCAAUAACAAUAUAGGCAAUUAAUAAACUUAUGAGGAAUAGGCAAUUUCUGUUGGUAAGAAUGGGAACACACACAUUUAGAUACACUGUGAAAGGAAGAUGUUGUUACUCUAAUUGCAGUCUUAUCAGUUCCUUUAUUGACAAGAAAAGUUAAAAAUAUAACUUAUUUGUAUAAAGCAUUUUCCUGGCUUAUAACUGUUAGAUUGCUUCUACAGAAGGGUUUUCUAAGUGUAGACUUUAAAGAUGGACUAUGAUAACACAAGGGAACAUAAUACAACAGAAAAAAAUCUGUAAGUGUAAUGUGAGAAUGUUACUACUUAAAAACUAAAAUUUGUAGUGCAGCAAGUUGUCAUUAAGAGGAAAACAGCAUGUUGGUAUUUUUCAUUGUGUGCUUUAAAUAAAACUGUUGACACAUGGCACAAACAAAUUAUUGUAAAAUAGGUUGGAAACUGCGAGACUGCCUUUCUGACAAAUGCCUGGUUGCAGUUGAAAUAUGCUUUGUUUUCUGAGCCCUGGGCUGAUCCUUGCUUUCAUAUCAGCCAACUGGAAUGUUUGUUACACCCAGGCUAUCAAACCACCUUCACAAUAAGCUGCACAAUGUGACACUGGAGCCACUUUUAUUUUUUCCAUUUUAUAACAAAGACAACAACUUGCUUUUUUACAAUUAACUUCACAGUCUUUUGUUGUAAUCAAAAUGCCUAAAAAGAAGUGAUGAUAAAUCAGAUGUCUGACUAGCAACUGAAUAGGUUUUCAUUUGGAUUGUCUGGCUAACAGUACCAAAAAUAAAAACAUCUAAAUUUCAAGGAAAAAAAAAUUGUCCAAAUUCUGAAGAGCAGUUAAGUUGUGCCACAGAUGAGAGGGUUUGAGAUGUCAAGAAUUGUUCCCUGUGUUGUAACACCAAGGACUUGGUUCAAAGUGUGAUUCUCUAGGUCACAACCUGAAGGGUUACCUGGCCUGUGGCUGUGCAGAGGUCAUGACUGUGGGUUCCUAAGAUUCCAUAAUACUAAAGGACACAGAGGCUUUAUCCUCUAAAAUUUUCUACUUUGUUACAGAUGACCACAAAGAUCACUGCUAGCAAGUAUACCAAUAGUUAUUACAGCCAAUAUGAAGAUUAAUAGAGUGAAUAUGAAUGAGUAUGAAUGAAUAUGAAUGAAUAUGAAUGAAUAUGAAUGAUUAUCAAUGUCAAGCUAUUACAAUUAUUAUCAGCAAUCAAUAAUAUCAGUCAAUAGUAUGGUGUCAAUCAACACUAGCAUCAAACAGCAUGGUAGCACAGCCAGUGACAGCAACAGCCAAGGAGGUGUGUACUACUAUAAUUACUGGAGCUUGCCACUGAAACAAAAUGAUCAACAAUAAUAUAACAGCAAAUAUGCUUAAUAUAUAUAAUAUUUAUAUUCAGCAAAUUAGCCAGACUUAAGAAGAAGCCAAACCAGCCCAAAAGGGAGCAACAAACUGAUCCUGGAGGGGACACCCAACCAUCCCCAAAAGAGUGGAAGAAAGACCCAAGCAGUAACUCAACAGACAGAGUUUCCCUUCUAAACAGAUCCCUGAUACAGAGUGUGGAGUCAGCCAGCAUUCCCACUGAGUCCAAGAGAAUGGACAGUUCACAUGGGAUUCAGCUGGGAGUUCUCAGAGGGAGACAACUUUAGUCUGUUUUAUAACAGAGAGACAUUAAGUGUGUGUAGGAGAUUCUGCUUUGAGAAUCUAAUACAUGAUGUUAAUUUCCAUUUUUCACCUAUAACAGACAAUAGAUGAUUCUGUUUUCUGAUUUUUUUACAUCAAUUUUAUAUCUCUAUGUUUUUUUCCAUUUUCUCAGACAGUAAAUUGUCAUUACAGUCUCUUGGGUUUGCACUUAUUCCUGGUACUUUGGGAUGUCUCUGGUUUCUAGAUCCUUGGCUGCACUUUUCUCCUCAGCCUCACAAUCCCAGGCUGCCAGACCUUUCUCGCUCAUGAUUUUCAACCAACAAAUUUUUCUGUACAGCAAUUUUCCUCUUCUAACCAGGUUGCUCACAGCUGGGAGAGCCAAGGCUGCUAGGUGAGCCUGCUGGCUGGGCUCCUUAGGGCGCCUGGAAAGCCACUGCAUGCCUGUGGGUGUGCUUACCUGCACAUCAAGGCAGGACCCAGUUGUUUAAAUAUCCCUUGUGCAGAUGCCCCAGGUGCUGCAGAGCAUUUCAAAUGGCACUGGGUAUCCAGCUAUGGCCACUAAGUCAAGCCUGGAGAAGGGGAUUUAUUUGCCCCUCUGCUCUCCACACUGCAGUCCAGAGUGAAUGGCUGACCUGUGUGUAUGCUGAUACGUCCACUAGUCCUAGCUGCCUUGGAAAAUGAUGAGGAUUUUGAGGAAACAAAAGGGAUGAUUUUGGUUCAAAAUUCAAGGAUGGUUUUGAAGAGUCAAGCCAUGAGUCUGUAUCAUAAAAACUGCUAGAAUUAGACUAAAUUAGACUAUGAUAUAAAAGCAAAAAUAUUUUAAGCAAGUCUUGACAAAUGCAUUAUUUGCCAGCAUUGCUAAAGUAAACAUGGAUUAAAGUAGAAACUAUCUGGAUCCUUUAUUUCUUCUAUUUGCCUUGUUACUUAAGGCCUUGAGAAAACUUAUUUUUCUGUAUUGUACUCAUAUUUUAGCGCUUAUUAUGUCAUCUUUUCCCUUCAAAAACAUUAAAUAAUAUGAGUGAAACAUUUACUUAGCAAAAGCUGGUUUUCUGUAAAUUAUCCAUAAUUUAGCACUAGGUCUUGCAUAGAUUUAUAUUAUCCAUUAUAGCAACUUAAACCCAGUAUGUAGAGGCCUAUAUAUUGGUAUGCUGCUUGUUUUCAUGGAAUGCUUAUAAGAUAAAUGCUACACAAUCCUAUGGCACCGUAUUCUUUUUUCAUUUGAAGGACACCAUGUAUUUUAUAAGUAAAAUUCUUAAGUAGCACAAGAAAUCCCACCUGAAUAUGAGGAAGAACUUAACUGUGCAGGUGACUGCGUACUGGAACAGGUUGCCCAGAGAAAGCCACUGCAUUCUUGAUUAUCCCUCACUCAAAAAUCAUCUGGACACAAUCAUGUGCCAGGUAGUCUAGGAUGAGCCUGCUUAGGCAGGAUGCUGGACCAGAUGACCCUCUGUGGUCCCUUUCAACCUGACCCAUCCUGUGGCCCUCUGAUUCUAUAGUGAUGUGAGAAUAGCUGAGUUGGGUCAGAAUUCUGCUGAAUUUAAUUAGAAACAGCCAAAUCAAAGAGACUGCUUUUGUUUUGUGUUAUUUGUGUAUGGGAUUAUCCUGAGUCAAACAGUAAAUUUAUUGAAGUUACUUCUCUAAAGGAAGAUAAUAAAUUCAGAUUAAAGAUC